AUUUUUUUCAUCACAAUUUCAAUGGAAGAAACCUCAGCUUCACAGAGUAUCAUUCUUUUGCGACUGGUACGUGUGAUGAAGUCUUUGCGUGCGAUUCGCAUGGUGCGCAGCUUUAAAAUCUUCAGAGGGCUACGAGUUCUGGUGAAGGCCUGUGGGUGCUUUUUGCCAUCCCUAUGCUGGGCAAUGGUUUUGCUUGGAGUAUUGAUGUCGAUGGGCUCCCUGCUGAUCGGAAACCUUUUGCAAGACUUCAUUGCAGAUGAGACCUUGGAAUAUGCCCAUCGUCUUUGGCUUUGGGAGCACUAUGGCACUGCCUGGCGAGCAACCUACACUCUCUUCGAAGUAACCAUGGCAGGAAAUUGGCCUGUGAAUGCGGAACCCGUUCUGGAGCUGAACCAGGCCUUCUCGCUCUUUUUCAUUUUUUAUGUGACGAUUGUCGUCUUUGCGGUCAUCAGGGUGAUUACAGCUGUGUUCUUGAAAGACACGUUGGAAGCAGCUCAAAACGAUGCUGAGCAGCUGGUCGCUGACAAGAUCGCCAUCCGAAAUAAACUGAUUGCUCGACUAGAAGGCAUUUUCAAUGUCAUGGAUCGAGAAGAAAGUGGCAUGAUUACUGAAGAGAGGUUGUCCAAGGUCUUGGCGAAUCCCAAAGCCGCGGCCUACUUCCAAACCUUGGAUUUGGACGUGCAUGAAGGACGAGCACUUUUCAACCUCUUGGACAACGGGGAUGGUGAGGUCACUCAAGAGGAGUUCAUAAGUGGCAUUCUCCGGUGCAAAGGGCAAGCGCGUGCCAUUGAACAAGUGGCCAUGCAUUCAGAGUUGCGGAUCCUGGACAAAAAACUCAGCAAGGUGAUUGCGUUGAUCCGAAAGGAUGCUGUUUCGAAGGACAAAGCCCACCACAGAAGGAGAAGCAGGAAUACCCAUAGAAACUUCAAGUAUUGCUUCGUGUUGAUGAUGCAGCAACUGAGCUUGUGCGCGGUGGUCACAUGCUGUAAGCCUUCAUCGAAGACAGAGGGGUGUAUAUACCGGCUGCUAUUUGCUUAGAACCCAAGUGCAUCGUUCUUCUUCCAGUCCACUUUUGCUUGACCUUUAGCAAUGCAGAUCGGAGACAAGAUUGUUGAAUUGGGGGUUUGAGACGAGUCACAGAUGCAGCGGCAUGAUUCUCAUGAUGUUGAGCAGAUAAAUGAUGUCAAGAUCCCUGCUGAUAUCUGCUGAUGCUUUUCGAGGAGCUAUGCCGUUUGAUAAUACCGCUGCUCGCCAACACAUGUGAACAUCAAGAAUGACAGCGAUUUGCAGCAGUCUGACCAAUUGAGGGACGAUGCACAACAGCUUUGCAUGUUUGCAUGCAAGACGGGAGCUUGCAUUGAACUAUUUUGCAGUGUUUUUCGCCACUUUGAGGGAGGGGGCAGCUUUCUACUCAAUUCCUUC